CGAGGAGGAGCUGCCGCGAGCUGUCGCUCUGAAGACAUCGCGCACUGUACAUACCACACGCGCUACACCGUGCACGGCACGCGCAUGAGGGACUCCCGUAGUGUAGCGCAGCAUGGCGCGGUGCUAACGCAUGUCCCCGCGAGCCGCGACCAGUCGGCCAGGGCUCACCGCCGCCGCCUGUGCAGAUGACCUCAUCAACGAGAUCGAGAAGUACAACGACAUCGGCGACGACAUCGACGACUCCUUCGUGGAGCUCAUCCCGGGUGUCGACCCCACGCCGCGCCAAGUGGAGGCCGCGCGCAGAGAGUACGAGCGCCUGCAUCCGCCCAAGCAGCCCACGCCGCCGCCGCCGCCAAAGGAACCAACGCCUCCGCCGCCACCCAAGGAGCCCACUCCUCCUCCUGCGCCCGCGCCUGAACCCGCUCCCGCGCCCCCCGCCGAAGGCGCUCCGCCUGCCGAGGGAGCACCCGCCGCCCCUCCAGCUGAGGGAGCUGCACCACCAGCCGAAGGCGCUGUUCCCCCAGCUCCUGCAGAGGGCGCGCCCGCACCUCCGGCCGAGGGAGCCCCGGCUGCUCCACCGGCAGAAGGUGCUCCGGCGGCUCCGGCGGAAGGAGCCGCCCCGGCGGCCGCUCCUCCGGCUGAAGGUGCUCCGGCAGCUCCUGCCGAAGGAGCGGCACCUGCUGCCCCACCCGCGGAGGGAGCGCCCGCUCCUGCUCCCCCGGCGGAGGGUACCGCUCCUCCUGCUGAUGGUGCCGCACCCCCACCGGCUGCCCCCGCCGCACCUCCAGCAGAGGGAGCUCCAGCUCCCGCUGCGGCCCCGCCCGCAGAAGGAGCGGCUCCGGCCGCACCGGCUGCGGACCCAGCUGCGGCACCUGCCCCUGCUCCUGCCCCCGCUCCCGAACCGGCACCGGCACCUGCCCCGGCAGAAGGCGCUGCCCCACCGGCGCCGGCUGCCGAGCCCGCGCCCGCGGUGGCUCUCCCGGCGGAGGCUGCGCCUGCCGCGCCGGCACCAGAAGCAGCGCCCGCCCCUCCCCAAGCCUAGACAUCCGCGUUGCGUUACUCUACCGGUGGACUCCCCCAUUCUCGGACUUCUCGUUGACGAUUUGGUUAUAUGACGAUUUCGGUGAAAAUAUAUUCGUGUACUGAGGAAAUAUUUUUAUGUUCUAUAAUAAACGCACCAACAUA